AUGGAAGGAAUCAUCAACCCAGAGCACUAUUAUCACAUGCAAUCACAGCAUCCCACAAGCGGCCAUCCACCCAACCAAGAGUCCUCCGAGUAUUGGGCUCCACCUGAUAGUUGGGGUGUUGUUCAACCACAUGAAAACACAGCAAGGAAAUCAGUGGAUGAUGAUGCGGAUGAUGAUACGCUCUCAUUAGCUGAAUCGACAAGAUACGAAUUGAGAAAGAGAAACUAUUUCAUUCGCAUCUUUCGUAUGGAUGGCACUUUUGCGACAUUGCAACUCCCUUUGACAGUGACGGCCGGCGAGAUUGUUCAAAAGCUUGCAAGCAAAUUUUUCAUGCAUGAUCUCAGUAAGCUGAGUCUCGUGAUUAAACGCCAGAAACUCGAGCGUGUCCUUCAACCCCAUGAACGGCCUAUUCAGAUUCAAAAGACGUUGCUUGAACAAAUGGGAUACACGGAGCAGGAUCGGAUCGAGGAUGUGGGUCGAGAAGACAAUUCAUAUCUUGUACGCUACAUUUUCGGCCCCAAUAUGGAUCAAAUGAUUCAUGAAGCAGUGGACUAUAAUGAGAAUCAACACAACAUUGAUCUCCAAGCACGCAAUAUCCAGACUAUUCCCAUCUCUCUGUACAAGUACGCUUCUCGUAUCAUCUCACUCGACUUAUCAAAGAACGUGCAUAUGGAUAUUCCUGUGGAUUUCAUUCAAAUGUGCCGCCAUUUGAAGCAGCUAUGGCUCGCCAAUAAUGAGUACAUGGCUGUACCACCAUCGAUUCGCUAUGUUCGUGGUUUGGAACAUCUCAAUGUUUCUGGCAAUCGUUUACGUGACCUGGAUCAUGCUCACUUGGAAGAAAUUACGGGGUUGAAAACGUUACGUGCCUUCAACAAUCGACUUGAGACGCUUCCAACAUCCUUCAAGACAUUCAAGCAUCUCACCAUGCUUUUUAUAUCCAACAAUGCAUUUCAAACAUUCCCACAAAUCAUUUGCGAGAUCACCAGCCUUACGUAUCUUGAUAUCAGUUUCAAUCGCAUUCAAUCAUUUCCCGAAGAGAUCGGCAAUUUGAAGAAUUUGGUAUGGCUCUUUGCCAUCGCCAACCGUUUGACAGGCAGCCUUCCAUCCAGCUUUGCUCGACUUGAAAAUCUACAAGAGUUGGACAUACGACAAAACCAUAUCACCUCUCUCGAUGUAUUGUCAAAGCUACCUAAGCUCGAGAUUCUCUUUGUGGGAUACAAUGCCAUCAGCAUUGUGAGAUCCGAGUUCAAGAACCUGCGUCAGCUAAAGAUGAUCAAGAACCAUUUGACACAAUUCAAUUUGGCUGGUGAAUCGAGUAGUCGACCUGCUGAAGGCCAUGCCAUGUCUGUUACGGGCAUUCCACCCCCUAUUGCUUGCAGCUAUGAAGGAUCCAUGUUGACAAAUCUCGAUCUUUCCAGCUGUAUGCUCACAUCAUUACCAGAAGAUGUAUUUCUCAGCACGACAUUAUUGGAAGAAUUGAUUCUCGACAAUAAUACGCUCAACUCGAUCCCUUCCAGUAUCGGCGCAUUGAGACGAUUGCUUCGACUUUCGGUGCAAAACAACUUUUUGGAUUCGCUCCCUUCUGAGAUAUCAAGUCUACUUGAGCUCAAGACAUUGCAUGCACAAAACAACAACAUGAAGGAAUUACCCAAAGAAAUAUGGCUUUGUGCAUCAUUGCAGACGCUCAAUUGUUCAUCCAAUCUAUUGGAGACCUUCCCAGAGCCAUUUUCAGUACCUGGUUCAGCAUUGCAACUUCCCAACAUGCCACCUCAAACAGCAGCAGCAGCAGCAGCAACCAUAGCAGGUGCAGAGCGUGGUGCAGCUGAUCCUAUCACUUUACAAAGCCUAAAGCAUUCAGGUCAAGGCACUGUGCCUGGUGCUGGUGAUGCUACAGCAACUACUACAACAGGAAGAGGAGGAGGAGGAGCAGGACGCAGUGCUAUUUUAUCAAAGCAUCGUCAACAACGAAGUAUGGAUGAUUCUCAAAGUCCACAAACAAGCAAUAUGCAAUCACCACCCAAUUUCAAUCCACCUUCAUUCUUCGCCAGUCCUCGCAAUCAUCCACCACCUUUGUCUUUAUCACUUCGAAAACUAUUCCUUGGUGACAAUCGACUCACGAAUGAUAUUUGGUCACCCUUGAUGCUAUUCCUGGAAUUGCGCACACUGAAUUUAUCCUUUAACGAUUUGGAUGAGAUCCCACCUGAACACUUGUGCCAUCAACACUUGUACGAGCUUUAUCUUUCGGGAAAUCAUUUGACAUCAUUACCUGCCGACGAUAUUGAAAAGCUAAGCUACUUGCGUGUAUUGGCGGUCAAUGGCAACAAGCUCCAGACCCUUCCUGCCGAGAUUGGGAAGUUGAGAAAGCUUCUUGUGCUGGAUGUUGGUAACAAUGUCCUAAAGUACAAUAUUGCCAAUUGGCCUUAUGAUUGGAAUUGGAAUUGGAAUUUGAGCCUAAAAUUCCUUAAUCUAUCAGGCAACAAACGAUUGGAGAUCAAAAAGACACAUCCCGAUGUACAUAGCCCAAAGGAAAAGGACUUGGCGGAUUUCAGUGCAUUGACACGGUUACGCAUGCUUGGAUUGAUGGAUGUUACUAUAUUGGGCGUAUCGAUUCCCGAAGAAUCAUCUGAUCGACGUGUACGUACGACACCUUCCGAAGUCAACAAUAUGGCGUAUGGUGUAGCUGAUUGGGUUGGAUCCAAUGAACAUCUUGGUACUUGGGAUUUGGUGAUGCCACGUUUCCGAAACAGGGACGACGAAUGCAUCUUUGGUCUUUUUGAUGGUCGCAAGAGUUCACGUACAGGCAGCAAAUUGGCAAAGUAUUUGAAUGACAGCUUGACAUCACAUGUGGAAGCCGAACUUUCCAAGCUCAAACCCGAUGAUACGGUGGUCAGUGCGCUACGACGCUCGUUUUUGGCUAUGGAAAAGGGCCUGGGCAAUGAAUUGAUCGAGGACAAGGAUACCGGUGCCUCGGCUGUUGUUUGCUACAUUGCAGGCACCAAGUUGUUUGUAGCCAAUGUGGGUGAUGCCAUGGCGGUGAUUUCUCGCAACAAUGGUCAAGCCUCUGAAAUCACACACAAGCAUAUUGCGCUCAAUCCUUCUGAAAUUGCACGUAUUCAUCAAGCAGGCGGCUAUGUUUCCAAUACGGGCAAAUUGAAUGGUGAACAUAGAGUCUCUCGUGGAUUUGGCUACUUUGAUAUGAUCCCUGUGAUGAAUGCCAAUCCUUACGUGGCCACCAUUGAAUUGACAGAGAACGAUGAAUUUGUCAUUAUGGCCUCCAAAGGCCUUUGGGAACGCAUGAAUUAUCAAACAGCCGUCGAUGUCGCAAGGACUGAAAAGGAUGAUUUGAUGGCUGCAGCUCAAAAGCUACGUGACUUUGCUAUCACCUAUGGUGCCGAAAAGGAUCUCAUGGUUAUGAUCAUUGAUGUUGGUGAUUUAUUUGAUAAACGCGACACUCGAUUACGAUACGCUAGAGCACUCGGUCGUGGAGGUGCAGCUGCGGAUGCAGCAGGUAUGCUCUUGGAUGAUGUACCCCUUGGCCCUGGUGGUCUUAUCCUUGGUAAAAACAAACGACGUGGUAAAGAAGAGAGUCCUGGUGAUUCGACAUUGGCACGUUUGGAUAGAGAAGUACCACCACCCAUCAAUCAAGUUGCAUUGGUGUUUACGGAUAUCAAGAGUUCAACAGCAUUAUGGGAUACACAACCCGAGAACAUGCGAUCGGCUAUCAAAAUCCAUGAUGCAGUGAUGAGACGUACAUUACGCAGCGUGGGUGGCUAUGAAGUCAAGACCGAAGGAGAUGCAUUUAUGGUGUGUUUUCAAAACAUCACAUCAGCGUUGCUUUGGUGCUUUACAGUGCAGCUGCAACUUUUGGAGGCUGAUUGGCCUGUGGGUAUCUUGGCAAGUGAAGAAGGUCGUGAGAUUGACAAGGAUGGCGUCAUGCUUUAUCGUGGUCUUUCAGUGCGUAUGGGUAUCCAUUGGGGUACACCUGUAUUCGAACGCAAUCCCAUCACCAGCCGUAUGGAUUAUUUUGGACCUGUUGUUAACAAGGCAAGCCGUAUUUGUAAUGCUGCGGAUGGUGGCCAAAUUUGUGUCUCGUCGGAUGUGGUGGCAGCAUUGAAACACCUAUGUCCUACGAUGCUUGAUGAGAAUGAUUCAGCGGGUAGUGGCGGCGAUAACAGCACUUCACCUACCAGCAAUUACCUUGUGAAUCGUGAUAUUCAGCAACUCAAACGACUUGGAUUCAGGGUGAUGGAAUUAGGCAUGCGUCGUCUCAAAGGUCUCGAAACACCCGAAAUGCUCAGCUUUGUCUAUCCCAAGCAAUUGGCUGGUCGAAUGAUCUUUGAUGAACCACAACAACAACAACAACAAGUUGCCAAAAGGACACCUUCAUCCCCACGUCUUGCUGCUACAGCGGACACGUCAAGAACAACGUCUCCUCGAUUGGAAGGUGAUACAUCUGUUGAACCAUCCCGUGUGCCUUCUCCCGCCGAAGAAGUGGAGGAUAUUGGUGGCCGAACAGCUGUACAGAAUUUGGAAGCUGAAUUUUCUGGUUACAAGGCACCGGCAGCAGCAACUCGACCUGUGAAUCGAUCCAUUGAUCCAGUCAUGGUGUGUUCAUUAUCCAAUUUGGCCACGCGUUUGGAAAGUCUUACUACGGGCCAUGUGAUCAGUCGACCUCCCGUUAUGGUGGACCUUUUACCCAACAUGACAUCGGCCACACGUGUUGCUUCCGAAACGGCUAUCGAACGUAUGGUGGAGAGUCAUAUCAUGAACGAGGCAACCGAUGAUGAGUUGCUUUUAUUGAUGGAGAAUUUUGUUACUCGAAUCGAGAAUGCAGUCUCGGCCUUGUAUCUACAAAAGAUGGGCCAUUUUGCUCAUGUCUUGGAAAAACUUGGUGAAGCCAUCGACUUGGACCCAUCUCAUCUGCUACAUGCACUACAAAUGUAUACCGACGUUACUGGACUUGCUGCUGAUGCACAUUCAUCAUCACCCUAA